AUGAGGAGGCUUGCUUUUUUACUUGUCUCUAUCACAAUUACUUAUGCCUACGAUAGAGAGAACGUAGUAUGCGAUGAUUAUGAUACACGGCAGGAAGCGUUUUGCGGAUAUGAUUUUGUUGCUCAUGUGGUAGUCACAUCCAAAAGGAGGAUUACUGUUGGAGAAGGAUGGCCUAGGUACACUUACGACGUAGAAUAUAUCGAGAUUUUCAAGGGAGAUGGGGAACUUCCAAAAAUCGUCAUGGCUUAUCCGACUGAUCACAUUCCCAAACGCUUCCAUGGAGUCGAUCUUGAAAAAGGGAAGGAAUAUGUCAUUGCAGGACAAGCUGAGCUGAACACUUGGUUGAAUGACUGUCCUGUACGGGAACGCCUUUUGACAGAAUGGGACCAACUUUCGGAGGAAGAGAAAAAUGAACUGCGCACCUUUGAAUGCUGA